AUGUUUCAAGUUAUCCUAUCUAUCUUAUACUUCCUGCUCAACGACAGUUUGACGCGGAUGCUCCUCGCUACCGAGUAUCAAGACUACCGCAUUAACCGGAAACCUCUACGCGUGUUCUUCCCGCAAGGCCAGCAGCGCUCGACCUACUACCUCACCAUCCCGUAUCGAUUCAGUGUCCCGUUCCUAGUGACGCUUGUCGUGCUGCAUUGGCUCGUCUCAGAAGGCGUGUACUUUGUGCGAAUCAUCCCUCACAAUUUCAGGGGCGAGCCCAUCAAUUCCGCAGUGACCAGCACCUGUGCCGUCUCACCCUUGGAACUGGUCGUUUCAGAGAUUAUGGGUGCCAUUUUAGUUAUUUUGAUGGUUGUUCUUGCCGCCAGGGGAUUUUAUACUGCCAUGCCAUUGUCCAUGGAUUGCAGCGCAGUGAUCAGUGCUGCAUGUCAUCCUCCGAAAGAUGAUAGGGAUGCGGCCUUUAAGCCCGUCAUGUGGGGUGAGGUGAGCAUGGAGAGUGACGAUAUGUCUGCCACGGAUUCCUUUGGCCCUGGAGGUACGCAUCAAGUGCAUGUGCACUGCUGCUUCACUUCGAAGGAAAUUUGCCCUCCAAGAGCUCAAGUUCUGUAUGCGUAG